AUGGGCGCCCGCGCGGCGUUCGCAGCAGCCGCCGAUAGUGGCAGGCUAAGUCCCAGUUUCACCUUGGCUAAGCUUGAAGUUCCAGGAUCGUCCACUGUGCCUCCCGAGGGCCCGUUGAGAUGGAAUCGCACUGGCGUGGAGCAGCUUAAGCUCGAGGAAGACGAAGCACUUCUCUCCGGCUGGCACGAAGUCAUCCGCUGGUUCCUCUCCUUCCUGUUGUCCAGUCCCAAGGACGCUAUGUUCCUCAGGCGAUUGAACAACAAGACGGAUAUGAUUGAAACAAUGGAUCUGUACCUGCAGUACGAGCCUCAGGUGUUCUUGGUGACCUUCUCGGGGCUGGUGUACACUGUGACCGGAUUCUUCGGCAGCGUUGUCUACGUGAUGUUGCGCCGACGCAAGCGCUGCGGUGGAGACCUCACGCAGGACAUCAACGAGAACAUGCGAUGCGUCCUGCAGGUCUACACUGCUGCAUACAUCGUCGUCCUGGCCGGAAUCUUGCUCGGCUCCCUUCUUAUGCUGGCCGGCCUUUUCGAGCUGGGCCAAUCGGUGGCUGCUGAAGGGAAUAACUUCCAGGAAAGCUUGCGUGAAGUGGAGUACUACAUACGCAAUGCUUCAAACAGCCAGGUUGUCGACAACCAACGACGAGUUGAUGUGCUUGCAGCGCUCAUCAAGAAGCUCCAAAAUAACUUUCAGGACAUCUACACGACGUUCGCUGUUCCUCACGUGAAGGUCAUCACCUCAGCGAACGUGUCUGGCAAGGCCAUGAUGAUGUUGGGCUUGGCGGCGGACAUGCCCCCGGAGAUGGAGGAGCAACAGCAGCCAUCUCCGCAACCUGGAGUUCCGCCGGAGGAGUACAUGGCCCGGUUCAUGGCUCAGCGGGUGGCUGAAGUGUACAAUCUCACCAUCACUGAUACAGUGGACUUGGCGCUGGAGACGUCAGCCCUGGCGUCGGACUUCAGCCGCAUGUUGAUCAUGGACGCUGCGGUCACGGUCCCGGGCUUCGAUAAAAUCCAGCCAUCUCUAGAACAAGCGGAUGCUUUGGGAGUGCUGAAGGCGCGACAGCGUUUGUGGAAUCUGUCGCUGUGGGGACCACUGAGCCACCAGGACUGUUUCAUGCGCAGUGCUUCGUCCAACUAUGCGGGGCUGGCCAUGCUUCUUGCCGUGGUGCUGUCGUUUCCUAUCUGCUCGAUCCUCAUGCUGAUAACCGUGUCGGUGAUGCUCGUAUCACUGACGCUCACAAACUACGUGUGCCGACCGUACGACAACAUCAUCUACGACACUGCCGACAUCACCCAGAUAGCGCUCCUGGACGAUACAAUGCGCGUUAUCUGGCCUCGGGAGACGCGUGGCAAGUGGUUCGGAAGCUUCCUGGCGGGCAGCACGCUCACGAUUUGCAACGGCGGUCGCAUACUGGAGGUCAUAAAAGGAGACUACCAGGAUUCGGUCCACACGCUGGUGGAGCUCACGCACACCAUACAGCAAAUCCUGCUGUCUCUCACCGUCGACCCACGUCUCAUCUUCUCGGUCGACCAUCCGGAAUUGCCUUUCUUCGCCAAGAUGAAGGCUCAACUAUGGGACCACGUCGACAAGGGAAAUCCGCCUUGCUUCGCGGCUUACAAGGGCUACGAGAAGGCGCUCGGAGUUCUCUGCCGGGGAAUCAUACGCAACGUGAACGCUUUCUGGACAGCCCUGGGUUUCUGCCUAUGGAUGUUCCUUGUUUUGGGCACGGUGUCACACUUUCUCUCCAAGUACUUCCUGCGCAUGGUGAACUGGACAUAUGAUGGCUCGGAGGUAGAGUCGUACAGCAGCACCGGCAGCACUGACAGCAGCGUGAGCAAGAGCGGAGGGUCAUCGCCCAAAGCGGGCGCCGAGAAGCAGGAAGCGGCGCCACCUGACCACCCUGCUGCACCCGAAGACGAAGGCGGGAACGUUUCACCUCGCAAGGAAGCUCCUAAGGAAGAUCUCAAAGAAGGACAGUCAUCAUCUCUGUUGUAUCCCAACAGCCCUUUGAAGGAGUCGAGGAUCCUUCCAAAAUGCAUCGGAACAGGAACAGGAACACUCCAGAGGAUGCACAUUGUGGGAGAUGCAACCAACCUAGGACCAAGGACGCCGGGCCCGCUGCACUCCAGGCCGCUGUGGGGAGCGCCCACUGCCGGAAUCCACAGAGCUGCAGCCGGCGAAGCAGCAAGACGCCUAGCAAUUUGCGUUCAUUACGUGCAGGACCCUUUGAAAUCAUCGCGUUGCGAAAUUUCACUUGUGCGCUUUCUUUGUCAAAUAUCACUGCCGUGCGUACUCACUGGAUUCCUGCGCAAGCUGGGCUAUCCUGAUCCUGAGCUUGCUGUUAUGUCUCUGUCUCUUCCACCGUCUGGCGCGUAG